CCAUAGCUGCCCAUUCCGCCUUGGAGAUGGGCAACACUUCCUCACAAAUGGAACCAAAAUCUGUAACUUCCUCUCAAAGCCCAUGUAGCUCUCCUUUGCCUGACCCUUUUACCUCUAUCACGUCGGAGAACGCGCCUAUGACUCAACGCGUUCCUUCACUUCCAGCCAAAGAUAUGAGCCCCAUAGCCAAAGAAGCUCUAGGCGGUAAGAAGCGCUGGGUCAGGAAGAGCGGGGUGGGCGAGGAUGAGCAGAUGGGCGCCGAGAAAGCGCUCCAAGACACCCGUGACUUGGGAAGCCCACCGGACCUUCGUAGCCGGGGCGAAUACACCUCCGAUGAACAAGAACUCCUGCGAAGAGCUAUCACUGCAUACAUGAAACGAUUCCAGCUAGAUACGGAGGAGCUUGUUGCAACUCUCGAGUACACAAUUCCCACUAAAUAUUCCGAGGAGCGUGAUGAUGACCACGACGAGGAGAGGCGAAAGAAAGCCCAUAUCCGUGCAUUCUGGAAGGAAAUGCACGAUAUUCUGCCCGCACGUACCAGCACAUCUGUUCAGCGGUUUGUCCGGCGUCGCUACAAUGGCUACAAGAAUGCUGCAGGUCGGUGGACCCAGAAGGAAGACGAUCUCUUGAAGAGUUUCGAAGAGUCAUUCCCCAAGCAAUGGACAAAGAUCUCGAAGCUCUUGGGUACUCGGUCUGCUGGCGACUGCUAUGACCGCUGGCGGAACUACAUCCAGUACGGUGAGAACUUGAAGACUUCUCGCUGGACGCAAGACGAGGAAGAGAUGUUAAGACAGGCUGUUUCGGACGUCGUCGACUUGCUCACAUAUGAGCACGCUAGCGAAGGGAAGACACUUCGUGGAUACGAUGUCAUGAAUGAUAUCAAUUGGCAUACCGUCAGCCAGAAGAUGGGAGCUACGCGGAGUCGUCUACAAUGCUUAUCUAAAUGGAAGCAAUUACAGACCAAAGAAGGAGCUGGCCUGAUUUUUCCCAAGCACCAACCCAAGGAAAAAUCGGGCAAGAAAAUCAAGAAGAAACAAGAGGGGAGUGCUGAGGGCAAGACCGAGAUUGACGAGGUGCAGAGCUUGGCAAACGGGAAGAAGAGGAAGGCAGGAAAGGAUCUGAGGGCUUCAGGGAAGGCCAAAAAGGCUAAACGGGAAGAGGGCAAGUCGAAUGAGUUUAUCUCUGCGAGUGAUGAUGAGUAGCUACCAAGUAGCAAGGGGACCUGUCUUUGCCCCUUGGCUGAUUUCUGCACACCGCCCCUGAACUGUAGUGGUACAUGGAGGGUUACAUUUAAUGCAUUUUGACAGAUUUUCACUAGUAGGAGGCUAGAGAGGUGAUCCUAACUGUAUCUUUG